UGUUGCAAACAGGAAGCAAGUUGUUGUUGUUGUUGUUAACCGGAGCUCAUCAACCAGUGACAUUUAUCGGCAGCAAAAGGAAAGAGAAGCAACUCCUCUAACAAUGUCACGACUGUUAUUGCAAAAUGGUUUCUGCGCCAAAUGUACCCUUCUAGCAGCGCGUGAGUCUCCUGUGUUGACACCGCGAGGAGCCGGAGCGCGAGUCAAGUCCGCGAGUGUUUUUAUUCAACAACAAAGAAGAUAUGUCGGAGGGUCAAACGCAGCAUUUUUUAGAUACAGAGCAAAGUCCAGGAUUUGGAUAUGCGGGGUUGGUGUGGGUAUUGCUUUAGCCGUCGGACUGAAAUACAGCAUCAACAGUUCCUGUGACGACAAAGUAACAAAAGCACAGCGGACUGAUCGAUACAGCGAUGCCGUAAAGGUUAGCAGGGACCUGGUGGAGCGGAUAAAGGUAGGCACAGAGGCUGAGGUAGGGGCUCCAGGGAUGGUGGUUGGGGUCUCUGUGGAUGGUGCUCAAGUCUGGUGUGAAGGGAUGGGUUACGCCGAUUUGGAGAAUCGUGUGCCGUGCAGCCCAGAAACAGUGCUGCGAAUCGCCAGCAUCAGUAAGCCCCUCACAUCUGCAGCUGCUGCACGACUGUGUGAGGAGGGGAAACUAGAUCUGGAUGUCCCGGUCCAGAAAUAUGUCCCAGAAUUUCCCCAGAAACAAUUUGAUGGACAGGAUGUCACAAUAACCCCUCGUAUGAUUCUGUCGCACCUAAGUGGCAUACGUCAUUAUGAGAAGGAUGCAAAGAAAGUGAAGGAGGACAAGGAGAAAGUUAAGCGACUUCUAAAGCUACCAGUAAGCCACCAGAAAGAGGAUGAAAAGAGCUCAUCUGAAAACAAAGAUAAACCUGCAAUAGAACAGAACACCAAAACCAAAGAAGCCACACAGAAGAAAAAAGAGUUUGAGCAUGAGGAAUACUACUUGAAGGACAACUUUGAAAGUGUCACUCAGGCCUUGGACCUCUUCAAGGACGACCCGCUCAUUUUCAAACCUGACACUACUUUUCUGUACUCCACCCACGCCUUUACCCUGCUUAGCGCUGUUAUGGAGCGAGCUGCUGGACAGCACUUCCUGGAUCUCAUGAUGAACAUGUUCCGUGAGCUGGGGAUGCUCAAUACUGUGCCUGAUGAGAAUGACCCUAUUAUUUACCACCGCUCCAGAUUUUAUCAUCUCAACAAGAGAGGACGUGUUGUGAACUGCCCGUACGUAGACAACUCCUACAAGUGGGCAGGAGGCGGCUUCCUUUCCACUGUGGGUGACCUGCUGCUUUUCGGUAACGCUCUACUCUAUAGCUACCAGGUGGCACACCUGAAGGACACAGAGGGCUUGCUUCCUGGCUUCCUCAAACCCCAGACUGUCAUAGAUCUGUGGGCACCAGCUGACAGGACAGAGGCCAGCUGGGAUAAGGAUGGACUUUAUGCCCAAGGUUGGCUGGUAGUGGAGAAUCUACAGAAAUAUGGUCAGUGCAGGAAGCGCAGACACUACGUGUCACACACAGGAGGCGCUGUAGGGGCUAGCAGUGUCCUCCUGGUGUUACCCAGUGAGAACAUAAAGGACAGCCGAGGACAGACUCCCCUUCUCCCACAGGGGGUGGUGGUCACCAUCAUCGCUAACAUGCAGUCUGUGGGACUCAACGGCACAGCACUGAAAAUUGCUCAUGAGUUUGACAAAGCCAGAAGCCUGUAAGAAUAAUCUGUUUACAGAAAUGCACAAGUUUACAUUUUACUAAGUAUUUCAGAUAAAAGAGUGAUUUUAUGUGAUUUUGAUAGAUUUUUUAAAACAAGUCCAGAGGGUGUUUGAGGAAAUAGAAUAAAUCUUUAACAUCUAUAGGUGUUAUAUAUUUUGCAAAGAAAACUUUAUUCAAAAUUACAACACGUGGCAGGUAAUCCAUUCUGCCACUAGGUGGAAGCAAAUUACUGCAUUUCUAACACAAAAAAGGACACUGGUUUAUGAUAUCAGUGUACACAGAGUUCAUGCAUUUCUACAUUUUUAAAAGCUAACACAAGAACAUUUUAAUAUAUAUGUUUCUGCAUUUGAGAGAAAUAAAAACAUUUCAUACAUGAUAGAAA